GAAGAGAGAUUGAUUGAUCAUUUGUCAUGUGACACGCCUUCGCCUUACAUCACUUGUAAGGGAAAUCCGAUCUACUGCUUCUUCCCUCUCUCUGUCUAAUUUCUGGUUCGGUUGUUAACCUCUCCUUGCUUUACAUCUUUUUGUUUCUUUGAAAGAAGACUCUCUCCCUCUGUGUGUGUGUGAAAGAAGAAGAAGAAGAAGAUGUCAGGUGUGGGACAGCGUUUUAGAGGGCCAUCCUUCCUUCAGGGGGCGUUGGAUAGGUUUUCCUCUCCGGAGUUAUGGGACUUCAUUCGCCGAUGGAAGAUAAACUUGGAGGAAGUGGAGUCACUGAAGUGGACGUCAGCUAGGAUUCAUUACUUAUCUGAUGAAGCUGAAGUGAAGCAGUUCACCAAUGAUGCUGUCAAACUUUGGCUCAAUCACCUCAAACAAUUAUUCUACGAUGCGGAAGACAUUCUGGAUGACUAUGCCACUGAAAUUCUACGCCUUAAAUUGGAAUCUAACUCUCAUCACCAAACCCAACAACAGUCUGAUGGUACAGAAUCUGCGGAUAAGGACAUCAAUGAAACUUCAGAAGGCAUUGAUCAGCCUAAGGUUUUUAACAUGGCCGAAGAGCUGCAAGGAAUUAAAAGGUUUGGAUCAAAAGUGAGGGAUAUACACGAGAAGUUAAAAAGUGUAGAACAAAAAGGUGCUGCUCUAGGAUUAAUGAACUCGAGCAUCGGAUCUGGGUCCUCAAGGCCAUUCCGUGAAAGGCCACAGACAAGUUCUUUGGUGAAUAGUACUAAUGUUUUUGGCCGAGACGAAGAUAAGUGGAAGAUUGUUGACUGGUUGUUAAAAACUCCAAGCCCCAAUGACUAUGAUAAUAGAUUCUCAGUGCUGCCCAUCGUGGGCAUGGGUGGACUUGGCAAGACCACCCUUGCUCAACUUGUUUACAACGAUGAGAGAGUUGACAAGUAUUUUCAGCUCAAAGCUUGGGUCUGCAUAUCGGAAGACUUUGAUGUCAUGAGAUUAACUAAAGAAAUUCACGAUUCAGCCACUAAGUCACCAUCCCCUCCUUCUAAUUCAUUGGAUGUGUUACAGGUGAAACUUAAAGAAGUUUUGAGCAACAAAAGAUUCUUAUUGGUUUUGGAUGAUAUGUGGAACGAGGAUUCUGAGAAAUGGGAUGCCUUAAAGACUCCUUUUGCAUUCGGUAAACUAGGAAGCAAGAUAUUGAUCACAACUCGGAGCAAAAGAACUGCAUCAAUGGUGCGCACUACAGAGAAUGAUUAUCAUCUAAAAGGUUUGUCGAACGAGGCUUGUUUUGAACUGGUCAGAAGGCACGCUUUUAAAGAAGGAGAUUCAACCAAAGCAAAUCAAAAGAUGAAAGUAUUUGGAGAAGAAAUUGUGAAAAAAUGUAAGAGUUUACCUUUGGCUAUAAAGACACUUGCCAGCCUCUUGAAAGAUAAAAAGGAAAACAGUGAGUGGAAAGAUAUUCUGGAGAAUGAAAUAUGGGAUUUAAAAGAGGGUAAGAUCCUACCGUCACUCAUGUUGAGCUAUCAUCAUCUUCCACCACUUUUGAAGAGAUGCUUUGCAUAUUGUGCUUUGUUUCCCAAAGACUAUGUAUUUGGCAAGAUUGAAUUAGUUAUGUUGUGGAUGGCGGAAGGUAUUGUUCAAUCAAAACCAAAAGGAAAAAAACGAGUGGAAGAUAUAGGGGGUGCGUAUUUUGAUGAAUUAUUUAUGAGGUCCUUCUUUCAAUUAUCUGAUCGUUUUCAUUCCAACGAUGUGACAUCCCCUUUUCCUAUGCCAAGUAUGUUAUAUACUAGUUACAAAAGCUUCUAUGAUUUAUCAAAAGCAUUUCACAUCAGGUCAUUUUUUGAGUCAUCCAGUAACACGGGAUCAGGAUUUGUGAUGCAUGAUCUGAUCCAUGAUUUGGCAGAAUUUGUUUCCAAUGGAAUAUGUUGUAGGAGGGAAGAGUAUGAUAAGACAUCCGAAGUUGUUACGACAACAACCCGUCACUUGUCCUACCUUAUGGAAUAUUGUAAUGUUGAAGUAACAGAACUUGAGGCCAUGAAUGUACGCACUCUUCUAGAUCUGAAAGUACAUUAUCUUGGUUUCCCUAACCAAUUUUUAUUCACCAUGCAAUUCCAAUUCCAAUUCUUGCGGGUGCUACGUUUAAGAAACUAUGGAAAAUUUGAGUUACCUGAUUCAAUUGGCAAGUUGAAACACCUAAGGCUUCUUGAUCUCUCAAAAUCUAUGGUUACAAAGUUACCCAACUCAAUUGCAAGUCUUUACAAUCUACAAACAUUGAUCUUAAUUGGUUGUGUACGUCUUCGAGAGUAUCCUGAAGAGAUGGAUAACCUCAUAAACCUUCGUCAUCUUUUUCUCCCCGUAUGGCCAGUAGAGAAAUAUUCCUAUGAAAUGGCAUUAAGAGUGGGUAACUUAACCAGUCUUCAGACAUUGAGCACAUUCAUUGUGGGGUCAAAAAAAAAUGGUAGCGAGUUGAGGUGGCCCCAACAACUUCAUGGCAGUCUGGACAUUUCAAAUUUGGAAAAUGUUGGCUAUGAGAACGAGACAAAAGCCAUAGUGGACAAUUUAAAGAAUAACACACACCUUCUUGGGCUACGAUUGCGGUGGAGUGCUUAUAAAGACGAUGAUAGUUUUCCUGAUUUGGGAAGAGAUGAAGAAGUAGAGGAAGAUGUACUUGAGCAAUUACAGCCUCCUACAAAUCUUGAAGCACUAUGGAUUCAAAAUUAUGGUGGUACGAGAUUCCCAAGCUGGAUAGAGAAUCCUUCCUUCUCUAAUUUAGAGACAGUGAGUCUCAUUAAUUGUCGCAAAAUUUGCAUGUCCCUGCCUUAUCUUAGGCAAUUGCCCUUGCUCAAACACCUAGUGAUCUAUGGUUGCAAUGCUAUAAUAAUUGUGGGAAGUGAAUUAUGUGGGGGUGGUUCAUCAUCAUCAGCUAAUAAGCAAUUUCGAUCAUUGGAAACAUUAUGUAUUGAAUGGAUAAAGGAGUGGGAAGAGUGGAUCGAAGUGGUUGAAGAAGAAGAAGAAAGCGGAGGACAAUUCCCUUGCCUUCGUAAGCUAAGAAUAAGUGGUUGUCACAAGCUAAAGAUGUUCUCUCAAUGCCUCCCUAUCUUGGUUGAACUGGAAAUAGAAUAUUGUAAUGACCUAAUUGAACUACCGCAGUUUCUUCCUUCAUUACGACGACUCACUAUCCGUGAAUGUCCAAAAUUGGUGGUGGUUCCGAGUCUUCCAUCAUCCAUUGAGAGUUUGUAUCUGUCAAAAUGUGACCUCAUAACAACAUUGUCUGAAUCUGACCGCCCAUCAUCAUCAGCCCCAUGUGUAAAUAAUUCAUUCUCUUGUCUCCAAAAACUUAUAAUCACAUAUUGCCCUGCUCUUGUGACCGUCCCAGAUAUAAGGUUAUUCACUGCACUUCGAGAAUUGACGAUCCGAGAUUGCAAGGACCUAGAGUCCUUGCCCAUGCCGGGAUUACUACACAACUUCACAUCCCUCCAAUCAUUAGUACUUUGUAACGUGAACUGCGUGCGGGAUGGACUGUACAAACUCACUUCCCUCCGUGAACUUGAAAUCACAAGUUCCCCUGCUCUUGUGACCUUUCCAGAAAUAAGGUUAUUUACAGCACUUAAAAAAUUGAGCAUCCGAGAUUGCAAGAACCUAGAGUCCUUGGCCAUGGGACUAUCUGAUGGACUGCUCAAACUCACGUCCCUCACCGAUUUAGAAAUCAAAGAGUGCCCUGCCCUUGAGUUCUUUCCAGAUAUGGGGUUACCCACCUCGCUUUUGGACCUAUGGAUUCAAAAAUGUGGGAAACUGAAGUUUUCGCCCAAGGAGCUUCACAAACUCACCAAACUUCAAUACCUGAGCAUCGUGGAAUGCUCUUCUCUCAUGGACUGCACGAAUCAAGAACCCCUCCUCUACUGUUUGUUUCGUAAUCUCACCACUCUUAAAUGUCUCACUAUUGUUGGAUGUCCUGAUCUCGUCUCCAUUCCAAAAGGCAUGUUUCCCAUCAAUCUUUGGCAUUUGAUCAUCGGUGACUGCCCAAUCCUUGAAUCCGUACACAACGGACUCUCUGACGUUACCUCUCUUGAUUGCUUGCGGAUCUACAAUUGUCCAAUACUAGCACAACGGUGCCUAGAUAAGGAAGGAGAAGAGUGGUCCAAGCUUUCCCAAUCCCAAAUCCCUCAUAUAAGAGUAGAUGAAAAAUAUUUUUUUAAAAGCAAGACACGGAGAUGAGUCUCGUAAUUACAAUGGGAACAGAGAGACGGUCGCCUCGCUUCACCGCUUGUCUCCUGAGCGUAAGUCCAAGAGUUUGUGAAAGGAGCUUGUUACUGGUUGCCGCGAACACUCUCGACCGCAACGCCUAAGGUUCAGGUGAGAGUUUUUCAGGUUCUGAGGAACCGAAGACCACAAAACAAAAUGUUUAUUUUGGGUGGAUCCUUGAUCGAUGCUUAUGGUCAAGGAAGAGCCUUUAGAACUUGUGGGAAUUCUUUUGAAAGUGGUACAUGCGGAGAAGGAGGGGUCCUUUGAACUCCUAGGUGAAAAUAGAAAAGUCACGAAUGAAUAGGAUUUUGUGUUGGAGCUUUCAAAAGGGAAGCCCUGCUCUUUCAGCACAGAUGGGUGAUACAUGGAGAAUUGUUACUGGAGCCACUGUCCAAAUGCAGAGGAAGUCAAGCAGGCUUUUGGACUCUGCAGGACAAUUCAACCUCGAAGAUAAAGCUUAAUCCAGAUCAAAAUAAAAGUCCACUCUUCCGAAAAUGGGAAACUGUAAUUUCACAAGUCUUCAAUCUCUCACCAUUGGCGGAUAUCCUGCUCCCAUGUCCAUUCCGAAGACCAUUCUUCCCACCAACCUUAGAUCCAGAAUUGUCCAAUGCUAGAAAAACGGUGCCUAGAGAAGGAAGGGGAAGAGUGAUCCAAGGUUUCUCAAAUCCCUGAAGUAACAAUAGAUAGCCAAAUUCAAUAAGGCCCAACCACUUUAAGUGAGAUAUGAAGAGCAUGAUUCAAUGACACUACAGACAUACAGGGCAGAUCAUUAUUAUUAUGGGAUUUUUUAUGGAUGGAAUGCUCAUCAACCAUGCAGGCAUGGCUGCGUCAAGUGGAUGUCAGAGUUAAGUACUUAAAUUUAGUUAGCUUCAUAGUGUAUGCAUAGAGUACUAGUAGCUUCUCAGGCAUUAAAAGCUGGGCCAAUGAUAUGUGUCUGAACUACAAUUCAAUGGAGCAAGAUGGCUGCUAUAUCAAAAUCAGCAUCAGCAGUUGUGGGAAGUUGAUGUGCUACAACCAACAAUCUGAGAGGGAGACAAUUACAACAAUUAUGUUCCGUGACAUAACUCUGUUUUUGGUUACUACUCCUCGGCUGAUGAUGCGUUUUGGAUCAUAGGGAAAAUGACAAUGACAUAAGAUCCGCUUUGGAAUCAAACACAGGGGAUGAACCCAUGUCUCUGUCUGACUUAUCAUCUAGCUUCAAGUGGUGCUUCCAGACUAUAAAUCAUACCAAGAACAAUGGCCACGUCCAAAGUUCUUGCAAGUCUGAGGGUUUAUUUGGUGCUGAAGCCAUUCCAUUAUGUGGUGGCAGGAAGUGAAAUUUGUGGAUAUUCAAUGUCUAAUUCUAGUAGAUCCUUCUUCCUCGGGUAUUCCUUGUUACUAGACUAAAUUGGCAGCUUUUUAUAACUUAUGAGUGGUUUUCAGUUGGAGAUUCUCUGAUAUGACUGUACUUGGUCAGGUAAUUUUUUCUUUUGGUCUUUCAACUGUAGGAGUUUUGAGCAUCAAGAGGAUUUAACUAUCUGUUGUAAUCGGGGAUUAUGAUAUUGGCUUUUCCACCAUCAUUUGAUUGGAAGGACAAAUUUUGGUUUCCUGGGUAACUUCUUUUGGAAUUUUGUCCAUAAUAUUUGGAAGGUUCAUUGAUUAGCAGGAUACUGUAGAUCCCUGGUGUUGGGCUCAGGGUCUAUAAUUCUGAGUGUUUCAAUCCUACCUUGCCUAGGAAAUGGUGGCAGGGAGCCAGAAUGCUAAUUGAAUUUGUGAACUGUAUAAAAUCUUUAUCAAGUUAAUUACAAUGGGAAUAUAAAAUCAUAAAUUAUUUGUUCACUUGAAAAAAAAAGUGAGUGGUAUCAUUGUUCCCAUUCUCAAUUUAAGUGUACUGUGUGCAUGAUGCACCUUGAUUUUAGUGAAGCAGACUUGCAGAUUUGCUUCCAACAAAUGUAGUUACAGUAGCAAACAGAGUGGCGAAAAAUUGCAUGAUUGGCUUCAUUUGGUUCUUUGAUUUUUAUUUUUUAUUUUUUAAUUAAUCCGUUGACUUAAAACUUCCAAGAGGAUCAAAAAGACCAAGGGUUUUCACACAGGAAUUGUAUUACUCACUCUUGUUCCAAUUUUUCAGGUUAUACAUGGUUAAGCAUAACAAUUAGUGCCUAGUGGGCACUUCAGAAAGCACUGGCAGAAUUCUGUCGAGACCUGGUUUAACUAUCCUGCUCACAAGAAUAGAAGACGUCCUCAUAAGUACCUCCAUCAGGUUGUCCUUGUUUCUAUAUUCUGAUAUUCUUUUACUGAUUGCAGUUUUAAUCCUUCAUUGUGCUUAUUCUGGCAACAUUGAAA